AGUCGCUGUCCCGCUUCCUCGACUGCCGAACGCUGCCUGCGGGAUGGGGAGAGGGAGGAUCCGGGCUCUGGCUGUGAGCGACGUCCGCUUUCCCACGUCUCUGGCCCAACACGGGUCAGAUGCCAUGCAUCCAGAUCCAGACUAUUCCGCAGCCUACGUGGUCAUAGAAACGGAUGCUCCCAAUGGCUUGAAAGGUUGUGGCUUUACCUUUACCCUGGGAAAAGGCACCGAAGUGGUUAUCAGUGCAGUCCAUGCACUGUCAAUCCAUAUAAUUAAUAAAGAUUUGGAUGACAUAAUCAGUGAUUUUCGAGGCUUCUACAGGCAGCUCACCAGUGAUGGGCAGCUCCGAUGGAUUGGUCCUGAGAAAGGAGCUGUGCAUUUGGCCACAGCUGCCAUUUUGAAUGCUGUCUGGGAUCUCUGGGCCAAACAAGAAGGAAAGCCUCUCUGGAAACUCCUGGUUGACAUGGACCCUAAGCAGUUGUUAUCUUGCAUAGAUUUCAGAUACAUUACUGAUGCAUUAACAGAAGAAGAAGCUUUUUCGAUUCUUCAGAGUGGUUUGGCAGGAAAAAAAGAACGGGAAGAACAAAUGUUAAAACAUGGCUACCCAGCUUAUACCACAUCAUGUGCCUGGUUAGGUUAUCCAGACCAUUGCCUAAAGCAGCUAUGCACUGAGGCUCUCAAGGAUGGAUGGACCAGGUUCAAAGUGAAAGUCGGAAAAGAUCUCCAGGAUGACAUUCGGAGAUGCAAACUUGUUAGAGAAAUGAUUGGUCCUGAAAAUAUACUGUUGUUGGAUGCCAACCAAAGAUGGGAGGUGGAAGAAGCCAUAGACUGGGUCACUGAACUAGCUGAGUUCAAACCACUGUGGAUUGAGGAACCAACUUCUCCUGAUGAUGUUCUGGGACAUGCAACAAUUGCUAAGGCAUUAGCACCAUUAGGGAUUGGUGUUGCAACAGGAGAACAAUGCCAUAACAGAGUGAUGUUCAAGCAGUUCCUACAGGCUCAGAGUCUGAGUUACCUCCAGGUGGACAGUUGUAGGCUUGGAAGUGUCAAUGAAAACUUGUCUGUAUUGCUGAUGGCCAAGAAGUUUCAAAUUCCAGUAUGUCCUCAUGCAGGAGGGGUCGGACUUUGUGAGUUGGUCCAGCACUUAAUAAUAUUUGACUACAUUUCAGUGUCUGGCAGCCUUGAAAAGAGGAUGUGUGAAUAUGUAGACCACUUGCAUGAACACUUCAAGUCUCCUGUAGUAAUCAUGAAUGCAUCUUACAUGCCACCCCAGGACGCUGGAUAUUCCUCUGAAAUGAAAGAAGAUUCUGUAAAGAAAUACCUGUUUCCACAAGGAGAAAUCUGGCAGAAAUUCUUGUGUUCAUAAUGCAAUGUAAAACAAGUUCAUAUUCAAUUUUUCCAUGAUAUAGAUGAAAUUCAGCUAUUUUUUACAUUGAUGUUAUAUCAAGAUGCAGGAGUCAAAUAAGUGCUUUUAGAAAGCUUCCUCUGUUGACACAAAACAAAAAUAAAUUGUAUUGCCAAUGAAUGUCCUUGAUUAGUUUAAAAAUAGGAGGCUUUUAAUAGCUAAGUUUAAAGAAGUUAGAUGAUUCAUUUAUCUUCAAACUAUUCCAGAACUACAGGAUUAUGUAAUGGAAGAAAUUGCAUUUUAAAAUGUAUCUGCCAAGACUAAAUGUUCCAAGUAAAGUUUAACUGCAUGCCAUGAU